ACUUUCCCUUUCCCCUUUCUUCUUCGAAACCUCUUUCCAGAAAAUGAGAAAGCAAUCGACAAUGCUUUCAGAUCAAUCUCCAAACCCUUGAUUCCUUCUUCUUCGACCCCUUAAUCCUUUGCAACUCUUGAUUCUUUCUUCUCCAAACCCUUGAUUCCUUCUUCUUCGACCCCUUAAAUCCUCUGCAACUCUUGAUUCCUUAUUCUUCGAACCCUAAAUCCUCUACCCAUUGUGAUUCCUUCUUUUUCGAACCCCAAAUCAUCUACAUUUGUUAUUCAUUCUUCUUUCCUUGAACCCUAAAUCCUCUGCUAUUUGUUUUUUAGAUUUUGGCUUUGUGAGAAUCAGACCAUGGAAACUAGUGCACGGAGUCUGGGUGCAGCUAGUUAUGUGCGAUACAAUAAGACGAAGACGAUUCCUUCUCCUAAAUCACCACACCAACAACAAUCCCUAACCAUUUGUUUCCUCACUGAUCCAUGUGGGUUUUGGUUGGAUAAAGCUAUUUCAGCUUCUAAGUGGAUUAACCUUAAGAACACCGAAGGAUCAGAUUCAGUUCUUAGGCUUCUAAAAAGUUAUGGUUUCACUAAAUCUGACAUUGCUACUUUGAUCUUUAAGCACCCACGUUGUUUGAUGGCUAACGUGGAGAAAACUCUUAGGCCCAAGAUUGAGUUUUUUGAGUCUUUGGGCAUUGUGGGAGAAAGCCUGACUAAGGUUCUCUGUUCAAAAGAACAUAUUCUCAAGAGUAGUUUGAAGAAGCAAAUAAUAACUUUUGUUGAUUUCGUUAAAGGGAAUUUUGGGACAGGUGAGAACAUUGUGUGUUCUUUGAAAAGUGUUAGUACAUGGAGUAUUUUUUGGUGUAAUCCUGAUAAGGCUAUGGUUCCUAAUAUAUCCACAUUGUGUGCACAAGGUGUUCCAGAAGGCCAUAUUCAGACACUACUAGUGUGGCACCCUCGGGCAUUUGCAUGUAAAGUUGAUUUCUUCGAAGAGAUGGUUCAUGAAGUUAAAGCAAUGGGCUUGGAACCAGCAAAAAAGUCCUUUAUUUAUGCUCUUCGUCCAAAGACAGCUAUGAGCAAGGAAACUUGGGAAAAAAAGGAGGAGCUUUUGAUGAGCUAUGGUUGGUGGAGGAGCAAUUUCAAUUUGCAUUUGUACUGCAACCAGUUUUCAUGCUUACCUCAAAAAAAGAAGAUUGAGAAAGUGAUGGAUUUCCUUUAAAACACUGAAGGUUUGAAGUCAUAGGAUGUAGCAAAGUGAUGGAUUUUCUUUUAAUUGGUGGAGACUUAACGUGACAAGUAAGCAGUUUCGUGACGGAAAGAUUGUUUGAGUUUUGGAAAAAUAAAGUUUAAGGAAGAUU